AUGGGGCUGAGACAGAGGAAAGACCUGGUCCUGGGUGUCCUGGAACUGUGCCUCUCACCCCAGCCUGAGCCCGACGGGAUGGAAGAAGAUCAGCCCAUCUACAUAGCAGUGAAGGGAGUGGUGUUUGAUGUCACUUCUGGAAAGGAGUUCUAUGGACGAGGAGCCCCCUACAAUGCCCUGACAGGGAAGGACUCCACCAGAGGGGUGGCCAAGAUGUCCCUGGAUCCUGCUGACCUCACCCAUGACACUACGGGCCUCACGGCCAAGGAGCUGGAAUCCCUGGAUGACGUCUUCACCAAAGUGUACAAAGCCAAGUAUCCCAUUGUCGGCUACACGGCCCGAAGAAUUCUCAACGAGGACGGCAGCCCCAACCUGGACUUCAAGCCUGAAGACCAGCCCCAUUUUGACCUAAAGGACGAGUUCUGAUGUCGCCUCUGCAGGAGCAUGUUCUUAGAGGGUGAGGCAGGGAGACACUCAGGUGCAAAAUCUGCAAAAUUGGCUGCAUGGGCCUCUGGUCCCCGGGUCUGAAUAAAGCAGACAUUUAACCUGGAAUGCUGGAUGCCUUUCAUUGUCCUUGGUCAAGUGUUCUAUCCACCUGAGUAUCCUGCCUGCACACCAGCCAGGAUAGUAAGAAUAGCAGAAGGGGGAAGCCUCCCAUGUGUCAACAUUGGCUGUCUGGGCGGUGGAAUUAUGAGUGACCUUUAUUUCUUCUUUAUAUUUUUCUGUACUUGCCAACUUUUCUACUGUGACCAUGUUUACUUUAGAAUAAACUUCCUGUUUUCA